AUGUGUCAAGCUGCAGAAAAAAGUAAGACUUGGUUAGAAGGUAAAAGUGACAAUAAAUCUUUGACAUACUGUGAUCUAAGCCAAGAACUUGAGUCAGCUACCUUGGCCUUGUUGGAUGUAUCGUCGCUUAUCUUAAGCGAAAAUAACGACAGUGUAGAAGAUGGAAAAUCAUUUUCAUCUACGUCUACAUCACAAAAAACAGCAACAGCAAAAUAUGGCCGUAGGCAGUCAACAGAUCAAAUCCUUAACGAAACUUAUAAACCAUCAGAAAUAUUGAGUCAACUUGAGCAGAUAGAGACAUCCAUAUCUUCUCUACAAGACGUCAGUCGACUUGAGCAGAUAGAGACAGCCAUAUCUUCUCUACAAGACGUCAGUCGACUUGAGCAGAUAGAGACAGCUAUAUCUUCUCUACAAGACGUCAGUCGACUUGAGCAGAUAGAGACAGCCAUAUCUUCUCUACAAGACGUCAGUCGACUUAAGCAGAUAGAGACAGCCAUAUCUUCUCUACAAGACGCCAAUGACAAGUCUACAGAUGACAUAUCAGAAAUAAAACAAUGGAGAGACAACUUUGUAACAAAACAGAGUGACAAGACGGUAAACGUUGAACAACUAACUAAAAAACAAAAGCAGAAUUUUAAAAAUGUUCGAAAACAAAUAAGUGAACAAGAUAACAAAGUAAAAGAGCUGAACAAAGAAAUUGAAAGUUUAAAAGAAAAAGAAUCCAAGUCAAACAAAACACUAGAGAAACUGUCUCUAGAUAUGAAAGAAUAUGAAAACAACUUACUUAAAAUACAUAAAGAUAUGCAAUGUCACACAGAUAAAACAGAAAGUAUAGCACAAGAAAUUAAAAACAUUCAGAUCAGAUUUUAUCUUUAGAAAAAGACAAUAAUAAAAUCUUAGUCGAUACAUCAAAGCACAAUGUAAUGUACAACCUCCUUCAACAAAGAUUGAUGCCUAUUGACAAACUGAUUCAAAUCUUUAACCAGAACUUGGAAAGUAGGGAAGAAAGAAUAAAGAAGAUUGAGAAUAUUGAGAAUACUAUUUCAAAGUUGUCCAAAGAAGUUCAUCUGAUCGAGUCACGUGUAUGUAACAGAUAUGCUUGUCAUGUGGAGCUUGCUGAUCACUCACCUGUCAGUGCUGG